GCAGUCUGUUAGAGAGCCGGCAGCCCGCAACGCGAGAGUUGCUGCCGAGUCAAUUCGAGUUUGAAAUAUCGUUUGAUUGAAACAGACAGAGAGAAGAGACAUUUCGUGAAUUCGUAGUAAAGGAACUCGGAAACGACGGAAUCGUUGUUAACCCCGUCCCUAGAUAAAGAAGGGACAGGCAUCAUCUCGUAUUCGUUCCGAUCUACGUUUAGUGUCGCUGUGUCCUACAACGGUUCUCUCACGCCACCCUCUUUGCCACCGUAUUCGCGAACUACUCGGUCUCCUGUCGCUCUCCAUUUGCCCCUCUUUUGCUAACCUAUCUCUCCCUUUCUCUUUUCUCUAUCUCUUUAUUUCUCUCUCUCUCUCUCUCUCUCUCUCUCUCUCUCUCUCGGUCUUUAAACGCAACAUCGAAUACGAAAGAAACGGAGAAAUUAAAGCGUUCACACGAAGAAGUAGCCUGUUAAGAUAACAGACUGUUUUCGAUUGCUUCUCUGACGGAUAUUAUUCACGUUGUUUUCUACGUGGAAAGAAUACCGUUCCUGGAUUGUACAUAUAUCGAAAGAUCGAACAAUUAAAACUGGAUAAUCGUGUCACGUAACGAGUUAGCUAGCCCGAAUUUGGAUCAAUGAUCUAAUGUUGUACGGAGAAGCUCGGAUCCUGCGCAUUCGGCGAUAGGACAUAGCCCUACUGCUUUUCAGGAAAAGGGUCGUGCAAAUCCUGCGCAAUACUUAACGCCAACACUGUCCGCAUGAAAUUGCGGUGUGACGACGCGGUGACCUUUUCAUAAAAUCUCUUCGAAAUUUUGUUGCCUCGCAAUGAGUACCACGGAUCCUACUGGAGAGGGCGGAGGGGGAGGGGCAACGACUACAAUAUCACCAAACAUUGAACAGAAUGUAUCUCCGAUUAUACCGGUGACCGGUAGUGCGGUGCAACCAGGCUCUCAACAACAGCAUCCACCACCGUCACCACUAAGUGGUUGUUACCUUCUCGUUGUGCUUCCAGAGCCUCAUACCACGCAGCAUAAAGAUCUCAUCUUAAAUCGUCUCGCAAAAGGUUUCCUGUCGUGGGACAAGGAUAGCUGUCACGUAGAUUUAGAAAAAGAAUUACUGGCGUUGGUGGCGCAAGCUCCGGAAGGGGAAGAAGCAAGAAAUGGCGAACGACUGAUCCAAUACGCUACCGAGAACCUCGUUACCGAAGUUCUGAUUCACCCGCAAACGAAUACACUGUUACAAUGUAUCCGUAACCUUCUCGCAAGCUUUACAAAACACCGACACAUUAUACAUGGUGGCUAUACCUUCAGUGGAAAUGGUUCCUGGAUACUGCAAGAUGGAACCUUUAGCCUUGCCGAUUUCCUGGAUGCGUUCAGUGAACACGAAGUGCAAAGAGUUCUUCGUGCGUAUGAAAACAGUGUCACGGUAGACAUUCAUUGCGCGAGUGUCGGCGAUUGGACAACAAAUAGACUUUCCAAAGAAGCUUGUACCAGACCUUGCCGAGUAAGAGUAAAUCCCGAUGACGUUCUCACCGCUGGAUUACCAGCCAUCACGAGUUUCACGAAUUACAUUGGACAAUAUCUGGUUGCCCAGACACUGGACCAACUUAUGGAGCCAUCCGAUGUCGUAGGCAACAUAAGAUUUAGUCACCCAACAUUGUAUGUCUUCCCUGGCGGUCAAGGUGAUGCCGCGCUCUUCGGCAUAAACGGUUUUAACAUGUUGGUGGACGGUGGUUUCGCCAGAAAGGCCUGUUUUUGGGACUUUACCAGACACUUGGACCGCCUCGAUGCGGUCUUAGUUACUAGAAUAAAUAAUAGUAAUGUUGGAGGCAUGUCCAGCGUGCUCCGCAAGAAGAAAGAAAUGCACGUCUAUCCUCAAAUAGGACAUUUCUUCUGCAACCUAAUCGAGAGAAGACAAUCCAAUUCACCGGACGGGGACAAAGAUAUCGAUCCUCUGAUACUAAAUCUCACCGAUAUUGGCCAAGAGAUGGUUGUCAAUCUGCGUCACAUCAGCCUGCGAGCGCAUCCGUGCUACAGAGACCCAGACCCGAUCAAUCUCUAUCAUAAAGUAGGUCACGGCACGUUGGACAUGUACGUGUUAAGCCCCAGCAAGGAUAGUCGCGAAGUUAAAGAAUUUCUGGCGAGAUGGCACGCCGCCGAUUCGAAACUUUUUGCCGGUGGUCACAAGAAAGACUCGAACAAUUUAACCUUCCCGAUCCAGAAUUUGGUCUCGAUAUGCGCGUUAUUAGUCUGGCAACCCGCAAACCCCGAAGACACCAUUACGAGAAUAUUGUUUCCCGGAAGUACGCCUCAACAGAAGAUCUUCGAAGGUUUCGAACGAUUGAAACACCUGGAGUUCCUAAAGCAUCCCGUUUGUUCUGCAAAGAGCCUGUCGCCGUCUGUGUCCUUAGCUACCCUGCGAGACAAACCCACGAAACAGAAAUUGGGCCUGAUUAGUGAAAAAGAAGCUUCGAAGAAGUUAGGCACGGAGGCGAAGAAAGAGAAAAAGGAAUCGCCUGAAAUAAAAAUGAAAGCCACAGAUGAAUUACCUCCAAAGACGCAAGCAGCAUCAAUUAUUCCUACGAAACCUGUUAAAGCUGAAACGAAGCCUAAGAAAAUAGUGGAGAACAAGAAGAUAGAGGUGGAGAAGGAGAGUAAAAAGAUAGAAAAAGAAGCGAAGGAAGCGAAGAAGGAGAUUGUAAAGAAGGAUGUUGGGAAGGAGAAACCAGAAAAGAUAGAAGAGAAAUUAGAGAAACGCGAGGAGGAUGUCCAGAAGAAGAUCGAGCCUCCGAAAGAAACAGAAAAGAAAGAAACUCCACCGACGAAAGAAUCGAAACCAAAAGAAGUAGCCAAAAAGAAAGAAUCGAAAGAACCAAAGGGCGUUAAACCUGGCAAAAUCGAAACAAAGCCAAAGGUAACUGAUAAAAAAGUGAAACAGUCUCCCGUAGAAAAGAAGGACGCUGGAAUGAUAGUAAAAUCUUCUCCAACGACUCCUAAGAAAACUAUAAACGGAGUUGCCACAAAGACAGAAAUAUCGAAAGUGAGCGUGACCAAAGCAAAAGCGCACAAGACAGCAGCUGCACCACCAGCGAAAAGCACUAAGGAUGCAAAUAAUAGAAAAGUACUUGAACAGAAGAACAUCGAAUCGGCUAUAACCACUGGCAUGGUCAAAGUACCAGCCAAACCAAAACCAAUGGACAGAAAACCGCUUAGCCGCCGACCAAAACCAGUUAGUCCGAGUAAAGUUCGAGUAUCUGGUAGUCCAGCGAAGUCGACUCGUAGCACUCCGACAACCUCUGUUAAAUCUGACAAAGAUGGUGUCGUUCGCAAAGCGAAGAGCGACAAAGGUACCGCCGAUUCUUCAACUGUAUCCACGCCAUCUGGAAUCGAAGCUGAAACAGGAGUUAGACUCGCAGAGAAGAGUCUAAUGGAACAAUCGGAAGAUAUUUCUUUGGAUUCUAUCGAAAGCAAAGUGCUGGCUGAUCUAAAGGAAGAAAGAGAAGUAGUCGAAGAGAUCGAAGCAGUGCUUAAAAAAGCAGAUCUUAUCGAAGAAACACGAAAAGAUGAUCGUUCCGAAGGAGAUGACGAAAUCACAGCAGAACUUACUGAUAAGAAAGAAGAAGAUAUCACAGACGAUGACAUAAUUGAAGCUGACAUGGAAGAUGCGCUCAAGAGAGAACUUAUCGACGAGUAUUUGAUCGUUGAAAAGGAGGAAGAUUAUAUAGAAGACUCCACUCAGAGCGGCGAAGGUGAACAAAAGCAUAUUUUGGACGAGGCUGAAUCUGAGAAGGUGAAGAUGCUAAAGGAUAUGGAGCAGGUGAAGGAAAAAGGUGCCGAGGAAGAAGUGGAGGAGAAAGAGAAGGACGAGAGCGUAGAGAAGCGUGAAAAACCAUUGGAAGAGAAGGAGGCGAUAUUGAAAGCCGAAGAAGAGAAAGCAGAGCCAAUUGAUUUGUCACCGGAUCGUAGGGAGCAAUUGGAAGAAGAGGCUAAAGAAAUAGUUGCCCCCGCGGCAGAAAUGAUCCAACAAAAACCAGAAGAGAAAGAUGAUUCCGGUAAGAAGGAUAGCGAGGACAUUACCAAAGAACCUUCGAGUUUGAGCCCUGAUAAGUUGGACUCUUCCGAGAAGAAAACCACUGACACUGAUUUGAAACCCGAAGCUGACCAAAAGGAACAAAUACCAGAAAAAUUGGAAGAAUCGCAAGAACGAAUUUCAACUUUGGAAUCUGGUGCUACAACCACAGCGCCGACGCUUCCAGAAGAUGAGCGUAUACCUCUGGACGAAAUCAAAGAAGAUAUCGACGAGAAACACAUUAUCGAGGAAGUGAAAGAGAAGGAUGUGGUACAGAAAGUUAAAGAAGAGGUCGUUGCUGCGCGAACCGUACCUCCAACAGUAACUACAAAACCAGACGUUCAAGUGUUUGACGUCCGUCAAGCUGUACAGUGUCUUCAACGCGACAUUGUAAAAACACCAGACGAAGUUGCUGAUUUGCCAGUCCACGAAGAGGUAGAUCCUAAAUUGUACAGAAUGGAAGACUUCGAGAAGGACAAAGAGGAGAAACCAGCAUUGGUACAACCGCCACAACCACAGCAAGAGCCAGAGCCUCAGCCACAAGUGUCGGCACCGGUACCAGCACAAGAGGUCAAAGAACCACCUACGCCACCUGUUAAGGAACAAAAAGGAGUUUUUAGUUUCUUCGGCAAGGUUGCUGAUAAGUUUGAAAAGGGCAUCGAUAAAUUAACCAAGAAGUCAAAGAAGGAACAAGAGAAGGAUGUCGAUGAAAAGUCUUCGUCGAAGUCCAGUUCCCCGAAAGAGGCAAAGGUACAAGAGAAGACUGUGCUCGAAGAAGUCGAUGUUGAGAAGAUAUUCCUGAAAGUUGGUAAACCUAGUGAGAAAGUCCAGGAAGCAGUUGCUGAAGUGGAACCGAAGAUACAAGAGAGGGCUGCUUCGAUCACGGAAGAAACCAUCGCGAUGGCUAAGGAAAAACUCGAGGGAGUGACAGUAACAGAACGUGACGUAACAGAACUCGAAAUUAAAGAGAAAGAAAUUAAACCUACUGAGAAAGAGGCUGUGAAAGAAGAAAGCAAAUCUCCAGUGUCGGUAGUAUCGAAACCCAUUGAGGAAGAAAAAAUUGAAUUGAAAAAAGAAAUAGCGAAACCAAGCGAAGUUCCGUCGAAAGAUGUCGAGGUCGCAGAAAAGAUGGAGAAGUCACCAGAGAUUGAGAUCAAAGCUAAGACGGAAGAACAGCUUGCAGAAGAAGUCGAAGAAGAAGCAGAAGAAAUAAAAGCACUGUUGGAAGAAGCUUCGAAGAAAUUUAAAACAGUAAAGGACAGCUUGAGGGAUUCUUUGGAAUCGUUAGAAGAGAAGAUUGCCGGCGAAGCAGCUGAUUUGACACGAGAGGUGCCAUUAACGAAGGAUGUCGUUAAGGACACUCUGGAAGGUGUGGUGGAAAAGCUGGAAGCGAUUAAGCCACAUAUCGAAGGCACGUCUCCCGAAGGCAAGGAACCUGAAAAGGUGAAAUUCGAAAUACCAAAAGUGGAACAUUUGGAAGAAGAAAUACCUACGAAAGACGUUAAAGAAGCUGUUCUAGACGUUGGAGAGGUUCUUGCUGGAACAGCUGGUAUCGAUAUCUCGCCACCUAAACCUGUGGCAGAAGCUGUGUCGCCACCUAAACCUGUGGCAGAAGCUGUGUCGCCACCUAAACCUGUGGCAGAAGCUGUGUCGCCACCUAAACCUGUGGCAGAAGCUGUGUCGCCACCUAAACCUGUGGCAGAAACUGUAUCGCCACCUAAACCUGUGGCAGAAGCUGUGUCGCCGCCUAAAGCUGUCGCGGAAACUAAGGUACCCACUAUGAUACCCACGAAAGUUGGAAUUACCGAGGAAAUUUCUUUGUACCAGGAGGAAGCUGAAGAACUCGUUGCAGAAACAAAGGAAGAACCUUGUGUCCAAGUUGUCAAAGAAACAGAGCCAAUUAUAUCUCCGAAAGAAGAGAAAGACGAGCGUGACGUUAAGGAAAUUUGCGAAGAAAUGAUGAAAGAUGUCAAAGAGAUUGCUCCCGAAGUUAAAGAUUUGUCUUUGAAGAUGGACGUACUGGAAGCUGGGGUGGAAGACGUUUGUGUGAAAGAAACUGUAAAAUCACCGAUCGAAAAAGAGGAGAAAGUUCAAACAGCUAUAGAAGAGCCUGUAAUAGGCUUCGAGCAAAAGAUUUCUCCCGCCAAAGCGGAGAUUGUAAUGGUUUCUCCUGGUUCAACACCAACUUCACCGAAAUUUGUUACAGAUAAAAUGCAGGAAAGCAAAGUGGACUUGAGCAAACAAAUUGAAAUCUCGAUUAAAUUACCCGCUGAAAUAAAAGCUAUUGUCGAUAAAGUAGAUCGUAUUGUGGAAGAGAUUAUCGAAGAACUUGUGAUUAAGAAGAAGAAAAUCACUAUUGAGAUUAUAGAGUACAUUACAAUUGUUAAAGGUGUUCCAAAGGAGCGUGUUAUCUAUAUUAUCGAAGAGAUUAUUAUAAGAAAGGGCCUUUCAAAGAAAGAUGUCGUAGAUAACGUUGAUAUCUUAAAAUUGGAAGAAUCUAUCACUCCGAAAUUGAAAAUGGAGCUUGAAGAGUAUAUUAUCAAUGAAUACAUAAAGAGAGGAAAAUGUAUAACUAUCGAAAUCGUCGAAGAAAUUUCUAUCAAAAAGACUGUCCCGAAAGUGAUCAUAAUUCGUAUUAUCCAGGAAAUUAUCGUUAAAAAGUUAAUCGAUGUUAAAACUGAUGGUUUGUUUGAUUCCGAAUUGGAACCGAUUGAUACUAAAGCAAAGAAAGAAGAAGCUGAGAAGAAAGAAGAAAUGAAGGAGGAAGAGAUCGAAGCACCGUCGAAAUUAGACAAAAAGGAAGAAAAAUUAUCACCAAUCGAAAUUAUAUCUGUCGCGAAACCAGAAAUAAAAUCUCCUGUAGAAAAAGAGAUCUCAAAGGAGAAAGAGAUGAAAUCACCCAAAGAAGAAGCUAAAAUUUCUGAACCACAUAAAGAAGAACUCGGCGUCGAAGAAGAAUCCGUUUGCUUGUCGGCCGAAGAAGAAGAAGAAGAUGAUUUUGUAAGUAUCAUUAAAAAAUCUACCACAAAAACGAAAGAGGUUCGUGAUUAUGAGGACACAAUAUCUACAAAACCGGUAUCUCUGAAAGAAAUUAUCGACAAAAGACAGGAAAAAGACAUUGGCGACGACUUUGAGGCUGUCGAACAAGAAUAUAAAGUACGUGAUGUAACUGUUACUUCUUUCGAAGAUACAUCGCGUAUUAUUUCACCAAAAUCAGACGAAUCACGCGAGCGAGAAUAUGCUGAAGAAGCUGUGGAAGAUACCACAAGUGAAGUUAUUGAAGCUGACGAAAAAUUCGUUCACGAGACAAAGGGAAAAGUAGGGAAGGCAGAAUUACCUGUUGAUGUAAAACCAAUUAAAGAGAAAGAAAAGGAAAUUAAAGUGACCGAAGUACCAGAAUCUCUUGAUACCAUAGAAAAGUAUCUAGACGAAGCUAAAGAGAAGAAGGAGCAGAAGACUGAAUCGCCCGAAGAACAAGUGGAUGUGAUUACAAUAGAAAAAGAAAGAAGGAAAAGUUCGAUCGCUCCACUAGUGCCGGAAAUAGAAGUUCUUCAGAAAGACUUAGAAAAGCUACAAGCAAAAGAAUUUAAGCCAAUAGAAAAGAAGGAAGAAGUUAAACCAGUAGAAAAGGAAGAAGAAGUAAAACCAAUAGAAAAGAAAGAAGAAGUAAAACCAUUGGAAAAGAAGGAAGAAGUUAAACCAGUAGAGAAGGAAGAAGAAGAAGAAGUGAAACCAGUAGAGGAGGAAGAGGAAGUAAAACCACUGGAAAAGAAGGAAGAAGUAAAACUAGUAGAAAAGGAAGAGGAAGUAAAACCAACGGAAAGGAAAGAAGAAGUAAAACCAGUAGAAAAGGAAGAGGAAGUAAAACCAAUAGAAAAGGAAGAAGAACCAAUGGAAAAGGAGGAAGAAGUGAAACCAGUAGAGAAGGAAGAAGAAGCGAAACCAGUAGAAAAGAAAGAAGAAGUCAAACCAAGAGAAAAGGAGGAAGAAGUGAAACCAGUAGAGAAGGAAGAAGAAAUGAAACCAGUGGAAAAGAAAGAAGAAGUAAAGCCAAUGGUAAAGGAGGAAGAGGUGAAACCAGUAGAAAAGAAAGAAGAAGUGAAACCAGUGGAAAAGAAAGAAGAAGUAAAACCAAUAGAAAAGAAAGAAGAAGAGAGUCCGGUGGAAAAGUUGACUGAACCAAAGUCACCUGUUCAAAAGGAAAUCAUCGAUGAAAUCAAGCCUACUGAAAUUUCAUUAACAAAAGACGAGAAGCGAGAAGACAAAUUGGAGACAGUCAUCGACGUUUCCAAGAAAAUUCCGGAAAUGGAAGUUGAUCGCGUCCCGAAGGAAGAACUUGUUGAAAAGAAACCGGAAAUAGUUGAACUGGAGCGUAAGAAGAGUAUUCAGGAAUUAGUUAAAAAAGAUGAAGAAGUAUCCCCCAAAGUAGAAAAGAUCGAAGAUGACAAGAAAGUAUCUCCCAAAGUAGAGAAGAUCGAAGACGACAAGAAGGUGGAGAUGGUUGCACCUGAAGAUUUAGCUAAAAAAGAUGAGAAAAUAUCUCCCAAAGCAGAAAAGAUCGAAGAUGUCAUGAAAAUUGAGAAAGUUACUCUUGAAGAUUUAGCUAAAAAAGAUGCGGAAGUAUCUCCCAAACUAGAAAAGGUUGAAGAUGACAAGAAAAUGGACAAAAUUGUUCCUGAAGACUUGGCUAAGAAAGAUGAAGAAAUAUCUCCCAAAGUAGAAAAAAUUGAAGAUGACAAGAAAAUUGAGAAAGUGACUCUAGAAGACUUGGCUAAAAAAGAUGAGAAAAUAUCUCCCAAAGCAGAAAAGAUCGAAGAUGUCACGAAAAUUGAGAAAGUUGUUCCUGAAGACUUAGCUAAGAAAGAUGAAGAAAUAUCUCCUAAAGUAGAAAAGAUCGAAGAUGACAAGAAAAUGGAGAAAGUUGUUCCUGAGGACUUGGCUAAGAAAGAAGAAGAAAUAUCUCCUAAAGUAGAAAAGAUCGAGGAUGACAAGAAAAUGGAGAAGGUUGCUCCUGAAGAUUUAGUUAAAAAGGAUGAGAAAGUAUCUCCCAAAGUAGAAAAGGUCGAAGGUGACAAGAAAAUUGAGAAAGUUGUUCUUGAAGACUUAUCGUUGGCUCAAAAAGAAGAGCCGCUCAAAGAGAUACCAGUUGCAGUUAAAGAAGAAAAGAAACCUGAGAAAUCGCCUGAAGAUGAUGCAGCAGCUGUUCGAAAGAUGUUAGUUACAGCAAGCAGCGAAGAUGGCGGACAAGAAAUUGAAAUUUCCCCAACUGGUACUAUCGCGAUCCAAAAAACUGUUACACCUGAUGAUUCUCUUAAAGAUGCAUCUGUCAAAUCAACAUCUGAUAAAGAUUCUUUGCUUCUAGACAAGGACUCUCUGCACUCGGAAAUCAGUUCUCCAGAAAAAGACAGCAUCUCUGAUAAGUCACCAUCAGUCAAAGAUGUUGGAAAGGUAACUCCUGAAGACAGCUUGGAUAAAUCACCGAUUGACACUCGUGACUCACGUGAAGACAGCUUAGAGAAGGCAGUACCUAGUAAACCAAAAGAAGCGGACAGUAGCACUUCUCCAUCUCUGAUAGAAUCAGAAGUUCCAAAGUUUCCCAGUUUGCAACAACAAACAGAAAUUUUAGAGGAUAUGGCUAAAACCGUUCGUGAAAAAGUCGAAAAGAAAGAAUUAGAAACCAGGAAGAUUGAAACAAUCGAAUCAUCUGUUGACAUAGCUACUAAAGUAGUGGAUACCGUUGCCGAGAAAAAAGAAUUAGAUGGAAAAAUGAUCAAAGAGGCUUUAGAGAAACCGACGCUGAUUCAAGAGAAAGUUGAAAUCGGUGAUGAAAUUCGUAAGAAAAGUCUCGACAUCGUUGCAUCGAAAUCACCGGAGUCGCUUCGAUCGGAAGAUGUUUCUCCGGCGGAAACUAUUUUUGCGAAAUCGCCGGAAGAAUCGGCAAAGACUUCUGAUAUGAAAGAUAUAGAACCUUUAAAGUCAACUUUCGAAACGGUAGUUCCAGAAAGAAAGAUUGGAAUGCUGGAAAGUUUGAAAACAGAAGUAGUUAAAGAAGUUGCUCAAGUUGAUAAGAAAAUUGAGAUGCCUGUAAGUGAUGAAAAAGAAGACAAGAAAGAACGUGUCAGUAUUUCACCUAAGAAAAGUCCUGAAGAGAGUCCUGAAAAGAGUCCUGAAAAAAGUCCAGAACUAAAAGAGAAACCAAUUGAUUUCGAACCUAUCAAGGCAGAAAAGAUACAACCAAUCACAGACCUUAAGUCAGCAAUUAUUACUGACCAGGACAAGUUAGGAAAGAAAGAAGCAGACAAAAAAUCUCCUUCUCCGGCGCCUAGCGAUAAGGAGGUAAGCGAGGAUAAAAUGGAAGAAAAGACGAUUGUCUAUUUGACAAAGUUUGAAAAAUCUGAGGUCACUACCACAGAAGCAGAAAAGAAGAUAGAAGAACUAGUAGAUGUUUCUAAACGUCAGGCUGAAGAACCCAAGAAAACAAAAACACCAGAGGAACCUAGAACUCCAACUACAAGUCCUGUUCUUGAACAACCUUCGAAAGCAGACAUCGCAGAAAUUCCCAGUGGAAAACUAGAUUUAAGAGAAGCUGACGAUAAACAAAAAUCACCGAUAGAAUUAAAGGCACCUUUGGAUGUAUCAAAGCGACCCAGUAUUCCUACUGAACCGCAUGAGUGGAAAGAGAUUGAUGUAAAGGAAAUAGACAGGGCUAGGGCGUUAAGUAUAACAAGUGCAACCGAAGAACUUGAGGUUAUUACAGAUCAUUGGAAAUCACCGAUUAGUCCUGCAGAGAAGCCAGAUUUGAAGGCUAUUGAUAAAAAAUCACCAACGGAGGAAACUAAAUUACCUACGGAAGCAGAAGAAAGAAAAGAGAAACCGAUAUCACCGAGCAUUUUAGAAGAAUCGAAGGACCUAAAGGAGGUUGAAGAAAAGAUCGACAAACUUAAAUAUAAAUUUCCUCGUUAUUCAGAUUUGGAGGAUGCAGAGGCAGAAGAUGAGAAGUCUGUAUCUUCCAGUAUAACAAGUGUCUCAGGAGAAUCUAAGGACGCAUCAGAUGCGUCAAAGUCGUCCAGCAUUGUUGAUGAGGUAUGCGAUAUGAAGGAUAUUGUGGCAAGAGAUAUUGAGAAGUCAAAAUCUCCUAGUGUCACUAGCGUCACAAGUCUCUUGGCUGAACAAAAGGAACCGGUGGAUAAAUCAAAGUCAUCUAGUAUUGCUGGAGAGAUUCCUGACUUAAAAGAAGUUGAAACAAAAGAUAUGGAGAAAUCCAGGUCCCCCAGUAUAUCGAGUGUCUCAACUGAAGCAAAAGACGUGUCAGAUAAGUCGAAGUCUUCUAGUAUCGCUGGUGAGACACCUGAUUUAAAAGAGAUUGAUGCUAAAGAAAUAGAGAAAUCUAGAUCUCCCAGUGUAACGAGUGUCCUAUCCGAAGCAAAGGACGUAUCGGAUAAGUCGAAAUCUCCCAGUAUCGCUGGCGAGACACCUGACUUAAAGGAUCUUGAAGCUAAAGAAAUAGAGAAAUCUAGAUCUCCCAGUGUAACGAGUAUCUUAUCCGAAGGAAAGGGCGUAUCAGAUAAGUCGAAAUCUCCCAGUAUCGCUGGCGAGACACCUGAUUUAAAGGACAUUGAAGCUAAAGAAAUAGAAAAGUCUAGGUCUCCCAGUGUAACGAGUAUCUUAUCCGAAGGAAAGGGCGUAUCAGAUAAGUCGAAAUCUCCCAGUAUCGCUGGCGAGACACCUGAUUUAAAGGACAUUGAAGCUAAAGAAAUAGAAAAGUCUAGGUCUCCCAGUGUAACGAGUAUCUUAUCCGAAGGAAAGGGCGUAUCGGAUAAGUCGAAAUCUCCCAGUAUCGCUGGCGAGACACCUGAUUUAAAGGAUCUUGAAGCUAAAGAAAUUGAAAAAUCUAGAUCUCCCAGUGUAACAAGUGUCCCAGCUGAAGUGAAAGAUGUAUCGGAUAAAUCGAAGUCUCCUAGUAUUGCAGGCGAGACACUUGACUUAAAGGACAUUGAAGCUAAAGAAAUAGAGAAGUCUAGGUCACCCAGUGUAACAAGUGUCCCAUCCGAAGCAAAGGACGUACCAGAUAAGUCGAAAUCUCCUAGUAUUGCAGGCGAGACACCUGACUUAAAGGACAUUGAAGCUAAAGAAAUAGAGAAGUCUAGGUCACCCAGUGUAACAAGUGUCCCAUCCGAAGNCAAAGGACGUACCGAUAAGUCGAAAUCUCCUAGUAUUGCAGGCGAGACACCUGACUUAAAGGACAUUGAAGCUAAAGGAAUAGAGAAGUCUAGGUCACCCAGUGUAACAAGUGUCCCAUCCGAAGCAAAGGACGUACCAGAUAAGUCGAAAUCUCCUAGUAUUGCAGGCGAGACACCUGACUUAAAGGACAUUGAAGCUAAAGAAAUAGAGAAGUCUAGGUCUCCCAGUGUAACAAGUGUCCCAUCCGAAGCAAAGGACGUACCAGAUAAGUCGAAAUCUCCUAGUAUUGCAGGCGAGACAGUUGACUUAAAGGACAUUGAAGCUAAAGAAAUAGAGAAGUCUAGGUCUCCCAGUGUAACAAGUGUCCCAUCCGAAACAAAGGACGUACCAGAUAAAUCAAAAUCUCCUAGUAUUGCAGGCGAGACACUUGACUUAAAGGACAUUGAAGCUAAAGAAAUAGAGAAGUCUAGGUCUCCCAGUGUAACGAGUGUCCCAUCCGAAGCAAAGGACGUACCGGAUAAGUCGAAAUCUCCUAGUAUUGCAGGCGAGACAGUUGACUUAAAGGACAUUGAAGCUAAAGAAAUAGAGAAGUCUAGGUCUCCCAGUGUAACGAGUGUCCCAUCCGAAGCAAAGGGCGUAUCGGAUAAGUCCAGAUCUCCUAGUAUCGCUAGCGAGACACCUGACUUAAAGGAUCUUGAAGCUAAAGAAAUUGAAAAAUCUAGGUCUCCUAGUGUAAUAAGCGUCCCAGCUGAAGCAAAAGAUGUAUCGGAUAAGUCGAAGUCUCCCAGUAUCACUGGUGAAACGCCUGAUCUGAAGGACGUUGAAGCGAAGGGUGCUGAGAAAUCUAGAUCUCCGAGUAUACCAAGUGCUCCAGUAGAAACUAAAGAUAUAUCAGAUAAAUCAAAAACACCAAGCAUCGUCAGUGAUACGAUAGAUCUAAAAGAACUUGAAACAAAAGAUAUUGAGAAAUCCAGAUCUCCUAGUGUGACAAGUAUUUCAACGGAACUGAAAGAUAAGUCAAAGACUCCUAGCAUUACUGGCGAAACACCAGAUUUAAAGGAUAUCGAGAAGUCUAGGUCUCCUAGCGCAACAAGUAUUUCAGCGGAGUCUAAAGAAGUAUCAGAUAAGUCAAAGACUCCCAGCGUUGUUGGUGAAGAACCUGACUUAAAGGAUGUUGACAAAUCUAGGUCUCCUAGACCUAGUGUAACUAGUGUUCUUACUGAGCCAAAAGAACCAGCUGAUAAAUCCAAGACACCAAGCAUUGCAGGAGAUAUUGCCGAUCUAAAGGAAGUGGAUGAAAAAGAUUUUGACAAGUCCAGAUCUGCCAGCGUAGCAAGUAUUGCAGUUGAACCGAAGGAACUUUCGGAUAAGUCAAAGUCACCUAGUAUUGUUAGUGAGACUCUUGACUUGAAGGAGAUUGACGAAAAAGAUAUUGAGAAAUCUAGGUCUCCUAGUGUGAUAAGUGUCCCUACUGAGCGGAAAGAAACACCAGAUAAAUCCAAGUCACCCAGCAUUGCUGGUGAGAUUCCAGAAUUAAAAGACGUUUGUGUAAAAGAUGCUGAGAGGUCUAGAUCUCCGAGUGUAACAAGCAUUUCAGCCGAGCUGAGAGAACCAACUGAUAAAUCAAAGUCACCUAGCAUUGCUGGCGAGAAACCUGAUCUAGAGGAAAUUGAUGCAAAAAGUGCUGAAAAAUCCAGGUCUCCUAGUGUUACAUGUGUUGUAACUGAGACAAAGGAAACACCCGAUAAAUCAAAAUCACCUAGCAUUGCCGGGGAGGUUCCCGAUUUGAAAGAUGUUGAAGCAAAGGAUAUUGAGAAAUCUCGAUCUCCUAGCAUUACAAGUGUUCCGACUGAAGCGAAAGACGCAUCAGAUAAAUCAAAGUCUCCUAGUAUCGCUGGAGAAGUACCUGACUUAAAGGAUAUUGAGAAAUCUAGAUCUCCCAGUAUAACUAGUAUUCCGGCUGAAGCAAAGGACGUUUUGGAUAAGUCAAAGUCGCCUAGUAUCGCUGGCGAAGUUCCUGAUUUGAAGGACGUUGAGAAAUCCAGAUCUCCCAGUAUAGCAAGCAUUCCUGUGGAAUCCAAGGACGUAUCAGAUAAGUCAAAAUCUCCCAGUGUUGCUGGCGAAGUUCCUGAUUUGAAGGACGUUGAGAAAUCCAGAUCUCCCAGUAUAGCAAGCAUUCCUGUGGAAUCCAAGGACGUAUCAGAUAAGUCAAAAUCUCCCAGUGUUGCUGGUGAAGUUCCCGAUUUGAAAGAUGUUGAGAAAUCCAGAUCUCCCAGUAUACCAGGCAUUCCUGUGGAAUCCAAGGACGUAUCAGAUAAGUCAAAAUCUCCCAGUGUUGCUAGUGAAGUUCCCGAUUUGAAAGAUGUUGAAAAAUCCAGAUCUCCCAGUAUACCAAGUAUUCCUGUGGAAUCCAAGGACGUAUCAGAUAAGUCAAAAUCUCCCAGUGUUGUUGGUGAAGUUCCCGAUUUGAAAGAUGUUGAGAAAUCCAGAUCUCCCAGUAUACCAAGCAUUCCUGUGGAAUCCAAGGAUGUAUCAGAUAAGUCAAAAUCUCCCAGUGUUGCUAGUGAAGUUCCCGAUUUGAAAGAUGUAGAAAAAUCCAGAUCUCCCAGUAUACCAAGUAUUCCUGUGGAAUCCAAGGACGUAUCAGAUAAGUCAAAAUCUCCCAGUGUCGCUGGCGAAGUUCCUGAUUUGAAGGACGUUGAGAAAUCCAGAUCUCCCAGUAUAUCAAGCAUUCCUGUGGAGUCGAAGGAUGUAUCAGAUAAAUCAAAAUCUCCCAGUGUCGCUGGCGAAGUUCCCGAUUUGAAAGAUGUUGAGAAAUCCAGAUCUCCUAGUAUACCAAGUAUUCCUGUGGAAUCCAAGGACGUAUCAGAUAAAUCAAAAUCUCCCAGUGUUGCUGGUGAAGUUCCUGAUCUGAGAGAUAUGGAGAAAUCUAGAUCUCCUAGCAUAACAAGCGUUUCAGCGGAACUAAAGGAAACAGUAGAUAAAUCGAAAUCGCCCAGUAUUGCUGGCGAAGCUGUUGAUUUGAAGGAUGUUGAGGCUAAAGAAAUUGGGAAAUCUAGGUCUCCCAGUGUGAUUAGUGUCACGGAUGAAUCGAAGGAUAAAUCCAGGUCUCCCAGUAUUGUUGCCGAGGCACUCGAUUUGAAGGAUGUUCCCACGAAGGAUGCUGAUAAAUCUAGGUCACCUAGUGUUCCGUUAGAAUACAAAGAUAUAUCAGAAAAAUCAAAGACCCCCAGCGUUGCUGACGAAACAAGUGAUUUAAAGGAUGUUGACGCUAAAAUUGCUGAUAAAUCUAGGUCACCUAGCGUAACAAGUGCCCCAGCGGAAGCAAAGGAUUUAACGGAUAAAUCAAAAUCCCCUAGCGUUGCCAGUGAUAUAUUAGAUUUGAAGGAUGUUGCAGAUUCUGUGGACAAAUCUAAAUCCCCAAGUGUAACAGAUAUUUCAGUAGGAUUGAAGGAUGUAUCAGAUAAGUCAAAGUCGCCUAGCAUUGCUGGCGAAUCACCUGACCUAAAGGAGGUUGAAACGAAAUCUAUUGACAAACCUAUAUCUCCAACUAUACCAAGUGCUCCAAAGGAAGCUAAAGAUGUAUCGGUUAAAUCAAAGUCACCCAGUAUUUCUGGCGAGGCACCUGAUGUGAAAGAAGUUGAAUUGGAAGAUAUCGUGAAAUCUAGAUCUCCGAGUAUACCAAGUGUUCCAUUGGAAUCUAAGGAUGUAGCGGUUAAAUCGGAUGUAUCCAAGUCGCCUAGCAUCGCUGGCGACACGCUUGAUUUCAAGGAUAUUGACGUAAAAGACAAAUCCAGAUCUUCUAGCGUAACAAGUGUUUUAGGUGAACCAAAGGAAGCAGCGGACAAAUCCAAGUCUCCAAGUGUCGCUGGAGAAAUUCCCGACAUAAAGGACGUUGAAGCAAAAGAUACUGAGAAGUCCAGAUCUCCAAGUAUACCAAGUGCAACGGUGGACUCGAGAGAUGUAUCAGACAAGUCGAAGUCCCCAAGCAUCGCUGGUGACGUUUCAGAUGCAAAGGAAGUUGAAGCCAAAGACAUUGGUAAGUCCAGAUCACCCAGUGUAACAAGUGUGCUAUCAGAACCUAAGGAUAAAUCAAAGACUCCUAGCAUUGCUAGCGAGACACCUGAUUUGAAGGAAGUUGGUAUAAAAGAAACUGAGAAAUCCAGAUCUCCCAGUGUAGCAAGUGUUCCAGGAGAACCUAAAGAUUUGUCGGACAAAUCGAAGUCUCCCAGCAUCGCUGACUUAGACGAAGGCGAUAAGAGAAAAGAAAUCGAUAGUAAAAAGCUAGAUGACGAAGAGAAACAGAUUGAUAUUCGAAAGUCAGUCGAGAAGGAUGGGGCAUUAAAGACGCCAGUUAAACUGGAAGAUUUUACGAAAAUAAGCGUUUCUACGACAGAGGUAACUAAAGAUAAGUCGCUAUUCGUCGAUGAUAGCUAUAAAGUAUUGCCUGAAAGUGUUGAAAUGGACCAAACGCAGGUCGAUCGAGAAAGUAUGAUGAAAAUAACGCCUGAGAAAGAAGCAAAUAUUAAAAAGUAUAUUUUAGAAGAAUAUAUAAAUAAGGGAAGGAAGAUCACAAUGAUCGUGAUAGAAGAAAUAAUUAGAACUUAUUCGGUCUCGGAGUUGAUAGUAAUGACUAUCAUAGAGACAAUUAUUACGACCAGGAAACUCAACAGAGAUUCAGUUUUAGAUAUACCCGAGCAAAAGAUGGAGAAGUCGGAUCAUUCGAUAAGUUCUAGCGUAAGUUCCGAACUGAUUGCUUCUGAUAAAUCUACUCAAGAUAGCCCUGUACGUUCUGAGCCACAUAUCGACGAAGAAGUUUCGAUCUCAGAAGAGAAGAGAAUCGAAAUCGAGAAACUUCUCGAAGAAAACUACAUUAAGCAAGGAAAGAAAAUCACCGAAGAAAUUCUAGAAGAAAUUAUCGUCCGAUCAUCUUUGCCUCGAUACAUUAUUCUAGAAAUAAUGGAGGAAUUAAUUCUGAAGAGAAGACUUACUCGAGAAUCCGUGAUCGACGUGGAGGUGUAUUAUCACGACGACGAGCCAGAUGACAGCUACGGCAAAGAUGGCUACCGUUAUGAAAAAUCUCUGGAGCUUAGAUACGAACCCGACCACGGAGAAGGGAAAAUGUCUUAUGAUUACAAAACGGUGGAAUAUUCGGGACAACGCGAAGGCCAUAUGGAAACGUCGAUGACGGACUAUUCGACAAGUUACGAGACCCAAUUCCACAAAGCAUUCGUCGGCGGAGUAACCGAGAUACGUACGACUCAUAUAACAACGUUAUCAGGAAAAUCAACGCCAGACAUAACUCGUGACGGAACUCCUGAUUCGAUAUCCGAGCCUACAGCUUCCACCGUGGAGAAAGUAGAAGAUAAAUCUGCCGGUAAACCAACCGAUCAUAUUUCGCCUGAUAAAGAUGUAGUUUCUACCACUAUCACCACCACAGUGACCCAGAAGUCAUCCGUUACGCACACUGUAGAAGCAAAACCUCAGAUAGUUACUGUACUGAAAGAAAGUAAAAUUGGUGAACUAGACGCGCAAGUGACUGGUAAAACGGAAGUAAUUAGGAAAGUAAUCGAAUCAGACGUAGAAGCGAGCAAAUCUGUACCCUCGGCCAGGCUUGAGUUCGAGGAGUUGGAGAAACGAAUUAUCAAAGGUAAAGAAGAGAUGGAAGGAGAGCCGACCGAAGAAGAAAAGGAAAUUUCGCCAGAUGGCAAGGUGAUCGUGGUUAAAAGAAUCGUGACACGAGAAGUGUCGGAUCAAGAAGAACCCGAAACGAUUCGUAAGGUAAUAAAGCGGGAGAUCAUCGAACAGGAUGAUCCAGUGGUGAUCACGAAAGUCAUAAAGCGCGAGAUUAUCGUUCCUGAGGGUGAGAUGGCCGACACAGACGAUCUCGAGACGAUAAAAGAAAUCGUGAGCAAAGAAACUAUCCCAUCGACCGUCGAAACUGUGAGAACAGAAACGAAGAAAAUCGUGAUUACAGGAGGCGAGAAGCUGAGCGAAGAGAGUCUGACAUCGGACAUUCUGUCGGGUAUGCACGUCGACGUUAAAAAAGGAGCAACAACUAUCAUAGAAACGGGUGGUAAAAUAUCGGAUAAGGACAUCAGAGAGGCUAUCGAAAAAAUGACAACCGAAGCUGGUAAGCAGAGUGAAUUUUUAAGCGACGAAGGUACCAUAAUCAAAGAAACUACUAUUAGAACUACGAAGACUGAAGAGUCUACGGAAAGGAAGAAAGAAGAGAAGAAAGUUGAAGAAGCAGAAGGAAAAUCUGAGACGAAAUUUGAAAAGGAAGAAACGAAGCAUACGCAGAUAGAUAAACGUUCGAUGCCUCCUCAAGUACGCGAUAUCGCUUCCGACGUUUCUUCUCUGUCGGGAAGAACUACACCGGACCGAAGGUCCGAAGGUAGGUCUUUGACUGGAACUCCAGAAGGAUUCAGAUCGGGAGAGGUGAUCAGGACGAUCAUCACCACGACUAAGACAGUGUCCGACGACGGUGAGAUAGUGACGACGACCCGAGAAGUCACGGAAACCACAAACGAAAAAGGGGAGACGGUGAUAUUGGCGGAGAAAGUGGACGUGAAGGUAGAUGAAUAUUUACCUAGCAAGGAUAUGACGGAAUCUUUGGGUCCCGAUAGCUCCCUUCUACGUUCCUUGCAAGAAAAAGAAAAAGAGAAAACAUCUGGCGACUUUAUGAGCAGCGCGAUGAGCAGCAGCAUUUAUGGUGAGCUACCAUCUGAAAAAGAUAUAACAAGUGGCAGCAUGCAGAAGAUCGGCGAAUCUUCCACUCUGACAGAUCAAGGUGAUUACACGUUCAAACGUUUCAUGGUGGAGAAAGAAUAUGCCGGUGAUUACAAGGAGAAAUCUGAUCCGAAGAAAUAUAUCGACGAGGCCGGACUUGACUUUGAGAAAGCUCUGUCGAUGGAACAGAAGGAAACUAAAGAAACUGAGCCACAGGGUAGAACUAUCUCAGCGAGAUACACCAACGGUAGCGUUCGUCGAGAAGCGUCAGAUUCUGAUGGUAAAUCGGACGAUCGUAGAGAGGAGGAUCCAAAGUCUGACACGAAGAAAGAUCCGUUAGAUGGUUGGGGAACUCCAUUGGGGCUUCCUUCGCCUAUUCCACCGCACAAGUUUAACCUCAGAAAUACGAAUUCCGAUAACAAUAUGAGACUAAAUUUCGACGCUAUUAACGACUGGGGUGAGCCAUUGAGAUUACCUUCACCAGCUCCUGUGACCAAUGAAAUUUCCAACAAGGGUACACCCGGAACACCGAAAAAGGAGAAGAAACAAGCGAGGAAGGUUCUGUCAGAGAAUCUGAAGAACAAGAAACGCUCUGAGAGUCCGGGCAAGAACGAGAAGAAGCUGAAGGAUUCGAAGAAUAAAGUACAACCCGUCUACGUGGAUCUUACUUAUGUACCUCAUCAUGGAAACUCCUAUUACACAUCGUUGGAAUUCUUCAAGAGAGUUCGCGCGAGAUAUUACGUGUUCAGCGGUACCGAGCCAAGUCGUGAAGUCUACGACGCUUUGUUGGAAGCUAAGAGAACUUGGGAAGACAAAGAUCUCGAGGUAACUAUGAUCCCAACUUACGACACCGACACCCUGGGCUAUUGGGUAGCCGACAACGAAGAAGCUCUGGCUGCGAACCACAUUGACCUUUCACCUUCUGCAUCCCGAUGUACGAUUAACCUGCAGGACCACGAGACUAGUUGCAGUGCCUAUAGACUUGAAUUCUAGGGAUUGGCAGCCUGCUCAGCCGUAAUAGUUGAGUUCUGAGCGGUGUUCAGAGAGUGUACUUGAUCGCUUCAUUUCUGGACUUGCCGUUUCGCGAAUUCUUUACCGUGCCUACUAGCGGUUCAUAAAACUUUAGAAAAAUCUUAAGGAGAGGCUACAUCGAACGACUUGGACGUGGUCGUUCUACGAUCCGAAUUUCGUGCCUAAUCCCGUAUAAAUCAUAAAUACGCAGUUGUUCCUUGUUUUUAAAUGCACAGUUUUAUUGGAUCAACAACUAUAUUAACACGACCACCGAUAACAACAUAUAGCAGCAACAAUAACGACGACAAAAACAAUCACGAUAACAAAAACAAUCACGACGAUAACAACAAGAGAAACAACAACACAACAACAACGACAACGACAACAGCGAUGAGGACGAUAACAUUAACGAUACUCCCCCUUCUUGCUCUCUCUAUCUAUUUUCUUUGCCUCCUUCACCUAUGAUACUUGGAUCGAGAAUACGAUAGAAAGAAUGGAAUUUUCUCCUGAACACUCGGCCGUGUACGAUCUUUGCUGGUACGUGCAAAAUUUCGAUAGAAAGCUGUGAAACGAUCACGUUAGAAGCUGUUGCGAUAAACGAACCUGGCCUGUUCUCAGUUUUUUUGGACGCUUACACUCACAAAGUUUAAAGAACGCGUCCUUUGCCUCAUUAUCUUUUUGUAUACAUACCUAUUACUCGACACUGUUAUCGCUUAGAAAGCAUCACUAAAAGAGCCGUAGAAAGAUGGAGACACGUAGGAACAACGCAACACAGCCUAGCAAUAACACGGACAAGACGUACAAAGGUAAAUAGGAUGAAACAACGCGUACACAUAACGGGCAGAUAUCAAAGCAUCGACCACGUCGAUGAAGAAGAAAGAAAGGAUUCUUUGUACAUUUUCUAUGGUCUUAAGUUGUCAACAAAAAUGAAUUCGAGUUGGAAUAUCCAAGGACGUUUCUUCGUCAAACUAACGAUCAAUCUCCUCAUCGUGAAUGUCUACUCGUGUAAAGAGAUAAACGACUAUAUACGUCAAUCGGGAAGUACCGCAAUGAAACGAUCCGAGUCGUGAAACAAAGUGUUUCCAAAGAUUCCUAAAGAAUAGAAGAUAUUCGCGCGGUCGCAAUCGAAUCGAACCAAACAACAGGAAACGCGAUAUAGGAAAACGAUUGUCCAUAUCGUCGAUGUUCCAUUCCAAAUACCACUUAGGCCCGUUAUCUUAUAGCGGAGGUAGGUGAAUAAAAAUAAAGCAAAAUCUAAAAAGGAUUCCCUUCUCGAUAACGAAGAAAGUAGAAUAUCAGAAGCAAAACUGAGACGGCGAUAAAGUAAAAAUCGUACAACAUCCAUCCAAUGGACAAAGUCCACGUUCGAUAAUCGUAUCGGAGUGAACAGCUCUGUUCUUCGACGUUUCGCCCGAGUUUUCGGCCACCUUAAGAACAGAGUUGCUCGUUCCUGUAAUAUAAAUCCGUUUAUAGAUAUUUUUUAGAGAUGAGAAUAUUUCAUUUGCCACGUAACAAAAUACCACUUUCUAGAGCGCGCACCGUUUAUGAAAUUAGACCAAACGAUAAUCGCGGUGUCGUAUCGACGUUGAGAACUGUACAAGGGGUUUACGAAUUCCAUUGACUCGUUUCCAUUCUCUCCUCGUUGUAUCUCGCGAAAGAAACGCAAUGAUUCUGACGAUGUUUGCUUUCCAAGGGAAUGUCGAUGUUCCGCGCGUCCCUAUUCCUUUUACGUGUGUCGAACCGAAGACCGUAAAAGAAAGCGUUCCAGAAAGUUGACAAACCGUUUAGUUCAUUUUGUACUUAUUUCAACCAGAUCGACGAAAUACGACAAACUGCACUCGUGCGGGAUGACGAUGGUGUGACAAUUGCCCGACACAUGGUAACGAUGACUAUACGUGGAACGAUCACGUACGGUAAUCGUAAUGACAAUGACGAAAACACGCAUUAGUCACGAUAACGAUUCGAUCAUGACGAUGAUCGCGGUGACAACGAUGUGGACAACGCGGACGUAAACGAGAACGGUGACGAUUACCGGUUAUCGGCGAUAAUGAUGGUGAUGAUGGUGACGAUGGUGACGACAAUAACGAUUACAACGGUGACAAUAAUCACGAGACGACGACAAACAUAGUAACGAUGAUGGCAAUGAUGAUGAUGAUGAUAAUCCUUGUAAGAACGAUUACAAAUCCGAAAGUAUAAGGACGAUGAUAUCUUCCACGUGGAUGAAAUAAAAUUCUGCUUGACGUAAUUAACGUGAAGCGUACGCGUUUUCAAGAAUUUGAAAUACGCCUGUGAUCGAGGUAAUUUUCAUAGAACAAACGUAGCCUUAUAGAUUAUGAGAACGCAUGCUCGUUAUGUUCUUAAUCGUUUCGUGAUAAAUGAUAUAUAAGGAAACAUUUAUUUUGUGAACGCAUAUAUAUAGGUGAAAAUAACAGAUAAGUAUCGUUCGUUGAAAGAACGAAAGCGAUCUCAUCGACCUAUUAACAAAAUUACCGUCACAUUCGAUUUCGUGCAAGUUGACAGUUUCAUGUUUCAAAUAAUCGUAUUCACUCGGAUCGACCACGGAGAAUUUGAGAAGAAAAUUUCCAUGGAAAUGCCUCGAACAAUGAAAGACCGAAGGCAUAAAAACUGAGCAUAGCGAAAGGCCUAUAAUAUCGAUCGGUUUUCACACCCGUUGUACGAAAACGAUCGUCUUACGAAUGUUAGCAGGUUCGUGAAAGGAAAAAGGUAGAGUUAAGAAGAGAAACGUACAUUCUGCCAAUUGUGAUUGUCUUACGAUAACUCAAGGUCCAAUAAAUGCUUUAGCUAGUGUGUAAGUUUUUUACUGCUCGUUUAACGCAGUUUGCUCGUCAACGAUCGCUUAUUUGCUGCUCCUCCGUGUGUAUAUUUCAUCUACUUAUUUACGCAUUUACUUUUCCAUCUUUUACAUCUUUGUAAUUUAGUUUUAUAGGUAAGAUCUUUGGACGAGAGGUUUAAAGAAGUUUGGUCUAAACGAAAAUACGUUUGUUACGUAUUAUCACCCAUAUAAUUAUCAUCAUCAUCAUCCUCAUCAUCAUUAUUACUACUACUGCCGCUACUCUGCUCGUUAUUACCAUUAUCAUUAUUAUUAUUUAUUAUUAUUUACUAUUCCUCCCAAUAUUGUCACUAUUCAUACUAUUACUAUUGUCAUUGUCAUUCUAACAAAAUCGUUAUGAUUAUCGCCAUCAUCAUUAUGAUUAUCAUAAUCAUCGUGUUACUAUUAUGUAUUAUUAAUAGCCAUUGUCGUAUCGUUACAGUCAUCAUCUCUAUUAUUGUCACUGUUAUUAUUGUUAUUGUUGCUGUUGUUGUUGCAUUGUUAUGUUUACCAUCGUCAUUGGCAUGGUCGUAUCGUCAUUGUCACCAUCGUCAUCGUGGACGAGAAUUUUGUCGCUUGCGACGAGAAAGAAAGAAGGAACAGAUGAAUGAAACUGAAGAAAACGUAAAUGCGCGAUAGCGAUAAAACCAUGUGUGUACCUAUGUAUUUAUGUAUUAUUUAUUGACAAACUAACGACGACCAGCUAUUUAGGUAGGAUAUUAAAAUUAUGAAAUUGAUUAUGUAACGAGAACGAUCGAAACGAGUAAACAAACACAGUUAUAUUAACAUUGGUGAAACGAAGCGAAUGGUUAGGUAUGCGCUCGUCCUCGACGAGCUAACGAAGAUGAAAGAGAAUUUUAAUUAAAAAGAAACGAGGACGAAUAUAAAAGUUAAGAACGAGCUUUCAUUAAGACAGUUUAGAUUAAAUAUAAAGAUGAACAAAAAGGUAUAUAUAUAUAUAUAUAUAUGAACACACACACACACAGACACAGACACAUACGUACAAACCGUGCGUAUGCACAUACGUAAUACAUGCAUACGACACAAGAAAUAUACAUAUAAUAUAUGAAUGGAAAGACAGAGACAAAAUAAAGAAAACUAGAAAGAAAUCUAAUUCCGGGAGGAAGAAGAAUAUGCAAAGGAUUAAGAAGUGCGAACCUCGACACCUGUACGAACCCCUAAAUCGCGAUGCUUAACGGGUGUGAGAACGGUGAUACGGUUUUAUUUGAAUAUCAACUUAAAAAGAGCGUCGUAUGAAGUGUGUUUCAUACGCCCUUAACACGUAUCCGACACUCGAGCGUAUCGGGGUAAGGGCUCUCGUUCGAAUUUUGGCAUGUGUUUUGCAAAAGAGAUUUUGCUGGAUCAAAAAGAGUACAUUGUAUCAAGCAACAUCGAAUCAGCGAUCAAACGAGACGAAUGCAAAAAGGGACAAAAUGUUGAAAGGAGGGGGAAAAAAAAAAUGAAAAAGAAAAGUAAAGCAAUCGGUCUACUAAGACAUGAUAAAUCAAGAGUUUGUUUACUCCACGCGAAAUAUCGGAUACGCUAAUGUUCUAGUCAGAAGAAAAUCUCGUUUCCUAAUAUUAAAAAAAUCAUCUAGUCAUUCUUCUUCACAGUCGAUUUUCUGCCGUUACGAGACUGCGCCGCAGAUGUAAGACGAAGUACAGUUUUUCACAAUUGUAUUUAUUAUACAAAUCGCGGUUCUCACCCCUUGAAGCGCAUCAGCGCGUCGUGUUUUUCGAAUAACGAAUUAAACAAAAAAAAACUUACUGUGGAGUGUUCAUGGUGCUAUAAUUACUAUUAUUAUUAUGAUUAUGGUUAUGAUUAUGAUUAUUAUGAUUAUGAUUAUUAUUAUUACUAUAGAAAUAACAAUGUUAUGCUAUAUGACAAAAAAUGAUAAUAUAAUAAAUAUACAUUAUACCUUA